UCUUACACAAUGGCGGAUGACGAAAAACGGGAACAAAUGGAAGUAGGAUCUGGUGACGUAGAUAUAAAUGACAAAAAGCCCGACAAGAUGUUCGGAUUAAAGAAAUGGAAUCUUGUAGCAAUGUGGAGCUGGGAUGUCGAAUGUGACACAUGCGCAAUUUGCAGAGUGCAAGUUAUGGACACGUGCCUAAGGUGCCAAGCAGAAAACAAGCAGCAGGAGUGUGUUGUCGUGUGGGGAGAGUGCAACCAUUCGUUCCACAACUGUUGCAUGUCGCUAUGGCUAAAGCAGAACAACAGAUGCCCCCUCUGCCAGCAGGAGUGGGCUCUGCAGACCACAGGAAAAUAGGGGGCAACACGCGUCACGGUUGCCGCGACGACGGGGAUCGCAUACGCACGGAAGCUGGACGAUUAGGCUUGUUUGUGUUGACACUGCCCGUGAGGUGGUAGCCACUGCGUGCGUGCGUCGCCGGGGACUGACCGUGAGGAGGCGUGAGCUGCGGGGAGGAGGCGUGAGCUGCGGGGAGGAGGCGUGAGCUGCGGGGAGGAGGUGUGUAGGAGAGCGGCGGAUGUAGUCCAUCACGAGAUGGCGCCACGAUCGCGACGCCGAGACGGCGGCGAGAAACGUGACUCUACGGGAAACGCGCGGUCGAUUACUCCUCUCGCGAUCCCAGCACACCCGCUGUGUGCAUCUGUGCGCGUCGGGACAUGCUCUCUUGUUUCUUUGCAACACUGGAGCGUGAGGACGACGCUCGGAGCCACGUUGACGGUCGAGGAUUCCCGCGGGGAGUAGCGGCGCCCCCUACGUGCGAGGCGGG